GGCAUCGGAGCCGAAUGACCCGGAUUUGCAAGCGUCGAGCCCCUCCCGCGCAGGAGCCCGGAUGAGGAAGUGCAGCGCUGACAGGGCUGGGUUCCGUCAGAGAGUCGAAGCCGAACCGCGUCCAGACAGACCCGAACAGAGCCGCACAGCGAGCCGAACCCGCCGCCUUCAGUCCCGCAGAGACCGCCACCGAGCGCCGCAGACAUGAGCGAGCAGCAGUUGGACUGUGCGCUGGACCUGAUGAGGCGCUUGCCUCCGCAGCAGAUCGAGAAGAACCUCAGCGACCUCAUCGACCUGGUGCCCAGUCUGUGUGAAGACCUGCUGUCGUCGGUGGAUCAGCCACUGAAGAUCGCGCGUGAUAAAGUGGUGGGCAAAGACUAUCUGCUGUGUGACUACAACCGUGAUGGAGACUCCUACAGAUCUCCCUGGAGUAAUAAAUACGAGCCUCCGAUCGAUGACGGCGCCAUGCCCUCGGCUCGUUUGCGCAAGCUGGAGGUGGAGGCUAACAACGCCUUCGAUCAGUACAGAGACCUGUAUUUCGAGGGCGGGGUUUCCUCCGUCUACCUGUGGGAUCUGGAUCACGGAUUCGCCGGAGUCAUCCUCAUCAAGAAAGCUGGAGACGGCUCCAAGAAGAUCAAGGGAUGCUGGGACUCCAUCCACGUGGUGGAGGUGCAGGUGAGAGCUCAACCUUUCUUACAGCUCCACCAAUUAUACAAGAAGCCAUUCACAUUCAUAACAACAUUAGAUUUAUGGGUAGUGAGUUUUUUGCUUUAUUACAUUCAUUUUAUUUAUUUUUUGUAUGGUAUUUUAGAAACAUAUUGUAAGUUUCAAAAAGUUUGGAAAACGUCUCAGAGUCUCUUCUGCUCACCAAGGCUGCAUUUAUUUGAUCAAAAAGUUUUGGUAAAAUGGAGCGUUCAGACGCUGGCGGAUAAAUCGAAGCAGGAGGCUCUGAAGAACGACCUGAUGCAAGUGCUUAGCCAACGCAGCAAACAGCAAAGCUAGAGACGAUCACCUGCCCGUCUCUCUCUCCGUCUGUCUGUCUCACUCUCUGUCUCUCCACCUCACAGCUGUCUGUCUCCAUCUGCGCAAAACAAAUGAAAAAGGAGAAAAGGCUACGCUUUUUGUUUUUGUAUUUCAGCUCGCGUUUCACUGCACCCGUCUCUCUCUCUCUGGUCUGUAAUCAUGUAGUAUUAAGAUGGCGUCUGAUUGGCUCUCGGUGACAUCAUCGCAGCGGGGGGGCGGAGCUUUUCUCCCGCCAUCAGAAGAACACGUUUUCUCGUAGUCUCACCCGUCACAUACGUGCGUCAGGAAUAAACGAGGAGCGGGUGAUUAUAUUAAUAUAUAUAAAUAUACACACGUGUAUGUAUUAUGAGCAUUAUCUUGCUGUUAAUAUUAAACUUUCUGCUUGAGUCCACACAGAUGAGUGUGUAUAUGCGUGAGUGUGUUUGUGUCAUUAAGCCACAAACAUAUUCCUCUCUCUGUCCAUUCGGGAGCGUCAGACAGUUUCGUUGUUUUCUUUGGGGUGGAUUAUUUGUCAAGUUAAUUUUUUUCUUUUGGUCUUUUUUUUUUUUUGUAAAGCUUACAGUUUAUGUUAAAUUAGGGCCUCCAGCAACAAUAAAAAGAGGAAAAACU